UGUCUCACAGAAGUGAGUACACCCCUCACAUUUUUGUAAAUAUCUUUUAUAUGUUUUUCGUGUGACACUGAAGAAAUGCCACUUUGCCCCAGUGUAAAGCAGUGAGUGUACGGCUUGUGUAACAGUGUACAUUUAACACACAGCCAUUAAUGUCUAAACCGCUGGCCACAAAAGUGAGGACACCCCGAAGUGAAAAUGUCCAAAUUGGGCCCAAAGUGUCAAUAUUUUUACCCUCUCGGGCCUGGAGUUCAGCAGAUUUCUCCUUCUUUAGACAAUCAAAUCAGCUUGAGGAGACCUGAGACUUGAGUAAUCCGUCACAGUGAGCAUUUGUUAUUGUCAAACGAAGCUACACCCUCAGUACUCCGUCACGCUCUCUCUGCCAAACAGCCCGUUUAAACACCAGCGUGCCCGUGUGAGGAUCCUGCAGCCUUUUGAGUCCUUUGACUCUGUCUCCGGCCAGAGGAGCAGAGAGGAACUGCAGGAGGAGGCAGCACGUCGGCCUCUGCUUCAUUUAAAGUGGCAAGAAGAGGAGUUUCCAAACCGCUCGCUGUUUGUUUUCCCUACAGUUGAUCUUCAGGUGCAGAACCGCGCGGCCGAGACGCCUCACUUCACGCGCCGACAGCUGUCUGGUGUGACGGCAGAACCAGAGAGGGACCGAAGACCCGAAUGAAGACCGGCACGAUGGCUCUGGCUCCAGAUGAAGCCCCCAGCUGUUCCAGUUUGACCACUAAGGAGCUGCAGCAGAACUGGAGGGCCGUGAAGCAGAGGGAGCGUCCCGUCCGGCUGCUGUUUGAAAUCCCAUCGACUCGUAUUAUUGAGCAGAGUCUGUCCCGACACGUGGUGUACGAGAUCGUGGUGAUGCGUUCUGGCAGCUUCGAUUCCCGCCGCGUGUCUGUGGAGCGCCGUUACAGCGACUUUUCCCGCUUCCACCACAAACUGCUGGAGGAGUUCAGCGAGGAGCUGGAGGAGGUGCUUCUCCCCCGAAAAGUCUUGACUGGGAAUUUCAGCCCUGAAAUCAUCUCAGAGCGACGUCUCGCUCUCCAGGACUACCUGGCUAAACUGUACGCUGUCCGCUGCGUCCGCCAGUCGCCUCAUUUCGCCAAAUUCUUCACUGAGCAGGAGCAGAAGCGAGGCCACAGUUUGCUGCGAGCGGGACAGUUUCGGCCGGCCGUGGAGCAGCUGCAGACCGCUUUAGAGAUUGAGGAGAAGCUGUUGCCGUGGCAGAAGCCCACCCUGGUCGUACCGACCCUCUCCGCCCUCGCCGUCUGUUACCGGGACCUGGAGGAACCAGAACAGGCGUUUGCGGCCGCUCAGAGAGCUCUGCCCGCGGUAAGACGCUACGGACUGAAACCGCACAGAGCCGCGCUGCUGGAGCUGCUGGUGGACGUGGGUUACCAGCUGGGACGACCUGUGGCCCAGCUACAGGAGGAGCUGACUGUCCUGAGAGACGCUGAGAGGGGGGAGGUGUCCUCCCGCUCUCUGAAGGAGUUAGUGGUCCAGGAGUUCAUCUGAGGACGACGGAGGCGAUCAGCACACAAACCGGCAAAACGGCGAACUCUGGAGCUGAACCCACUCGGCCUUACUUCGAUCGACUGAUCGAUCGAUCGAUCGACUGAUCGUUGCAGCUCUUGCUGCUACACUACUAACCUGACAAACAGCGCUCACACACAGGAGACCAGAAGCAGCGCCUGCUCGCGAGGCCCAGAUCAAACGCAUCAGACUCCCAGGCUUUGAGCUGAAUCUCUUCUUUCUGUAACUACGCGGAUGAGUUUCUGUCUGCCACACCUGUCUGUCUGUCUGUCUGCCACACCUGUCUGCCACACCUGUCUGUCUG